AUGCUGUUUGCUUGUACCCCUAGGGAGCUAGUGGCUCAUAUAUUAGAGACUACUUCGUUUUCUGGUAACAAUGGAGUCACACUAAAGGAAAUGUGGAGCAUAGUCUCGCAUAAAUUUGAACUGCCUACAUUAGAUGACUUUCAAAAGCAAGUUGUAUGGCAAUGGUUAUUCUUCUAUAAGAGUAAAGGACAACCCUUAGAUGUUAUUAUAAUUAAAGACGGAGUGCCCAUUACUAUUCUUCCAAAAUAUCAAAGUGUUAUUGAUUCGAUUGGAUCAGAUACAAAUCUAAGGAUUGUGCCCACUCCAGACACACAAUGGAAGUACCUUACUGGCUUUGGUAACUCAAAAAAAUUGAAGCAGCAAUUAGGAGAAUACCCGUUCCAACUUUUGUGUGAAAUAUCAAAAUAUGGUUCCAAUGGAAUCCAUUCGCCGGACCUCUGUAGGGCAACUGGACAGGAUCCACGAUCGUUGCCUUUGCGUUUGAAGAAAUUAGAAGAAUUGGGUCUAAUAAAGAGAAAAAAUGUGUACAAUGAAAAGACAAGUCAGCACACUAGCCUAUGUGUACAUUUCAAGUUUGCCAAUGAUGAAAUUACUUCUAUUGCAUCUGAUCUUAAUUCCGAUUUUGAGACAUCACGGAAUGUCCAUAAGUUGAAACAUUAUAUUGUCAAUGCUGUUAAGUCAGCGCCAAAUAAAUUGCGAGGAUUUAAAGAUCUUAAGUGUGAGUUAAACCUAGAUAAGAGCCAGUCAUCGAGUAAGUUUUUUAGAGGAAUAGUUGAGUUUCUCCAUACUCAUGGCUAUGUCGAAAGAUUGAUGGUUAAAGACACAAAUGAUCACUUAGUCUACUGCAUCAAAUAUAUUAGAGAUAUUCCGAAAGGUUCAGAUGAGAUAUCCGAUUAUGUUGAUUUUUUCAACCCCUCCCCAGAUGAUCUGGCGCAGGAUAAUGAAGUGGAAAGCUUUGAAAUUCCUGCUAUUAAUAAUUUUUUUCCAGUGACGAAUCAAAUAUUCGAAUACAUAAGCAAGUGUGGUAAACCUGGUAUCACAUCAAUGGAAUUGGCAAGGAACUUGACUGGAGUUUCAGAUUAUAGACCAUUUGUGAAACUUUUUGAUUUGAUUACGACGUAUAACAUCGACGGUGACAAAUUAUCACCAUUGGGUCUGGACUUCGAUAUACUGAAUAACCUUGCUAUUGGCAGAGCCUAUGAUUUUGAAGGAAAGUAUAAGUUCUAUAGGUAUUUCAGAAUUGGCGAUGAAGCCAGAUCCGUAGUGAAAAGAAUUGAACUGAAAAUGGAAACAUCUCAGAUGUCUUUAGAAGAUAUAAAUCAAAAAUUAUAUACUCCAUUAUCUAAGACACCCAAAGGCUCGAUGGUAAAUGCAAGGAAAAGAAAGGUCAGUCACACUAAUGGCAAUGGGCUGAAAAGAUCAAAGGUGGAAAAACAUCAAGAGUCACUUAAAGCAACACCAGGUUCUAGUAAACUGCUUCCAGUGGAAUCCUUACCACUCCCGUCUGCCACUCCAGCUGAUAAGGUGGACUCGUCUGUAACUCCCUCUACUAUAUAUGAGAUGGAACCUAUAAUACCAAAAGAUGGCCAUACAUCCAGUGUUAGAAAGCGAAACUCAUCACUGACGCCUAAAGCGAAUUCCAAUUUAUCUUUGAAGGCUAACAGGAGGAGAAUGGUUUUAAUUGAAAUAAUUAAAGAGUUAGGAGGUGUCACGUAUACAACUACAAAGCUAUGUCGUUUGAUUGAUGAAAAACUUGGUAAUUUUACUAUUACUGAUAAGAAGACUCUUGCAAGAGACGUUUCUGUUUUGAUUUCAGAUAAAGUCCUCGAAGCAAGGACUAUUCCCUUAAUAAGGUCUGGUCAGGAGGUUUCCAGAAAGCUCCUAAUUUUAAAUGAUCCCAAAUGGCGUCCGACAGAUACUCAAAUCGACGAGAUGAAAUCCAAAUGCAUGGAAGAUAACGGGACCAAAUUGUCUUUCACAAUUAAGAGACGAGUUAUCGAAGAUAAAGUAACCCUUUAUAAAUCUUCGGGUACCGCUAAUAGAACUAAGGAUCCUCAUCAACAGGAGCCUAAUAAUACCUCAGAUGCAAAAUCUAAACAUAAGAAAUUGAUAGGUAAGGAGAAUUCUUUUUCUGGGGGAAUUAAAGAGCAUGCCGAGGCUGAUAACAAGGAUCUUCUUUCAUCCUUUCUUACGCAUAAUCAACGUAGAAAAAGAAAAAUAGUUAAGAAGAAAGAAACUGUUGAGAAUGAGAAGUCAAGUAAUAACAGAAAGUACCGUACGGCAAUUAGAUUUGAUGAUACCGAUGCCACAACUUUAUUCAAAGCAGUAGUUGUAUCUAAAACAUUUAAAAAGGGUCUAAUAGAUUUUGAUCAAAUAGCCACCUUAUUUCGUGGAAUUAGCGCUCGCGAAAUCAAGCAAAAGUGGACUGUUGUGAGACGUCAAGUGGGUGGUUUAUCUGCUGUAACUAAGGGAACAGAAGCUUUUGAAUACAUUGUCAUGAAGGGAAUAGAUGAUGGCCUUGUUUCAGCGUCAGACUUAGAGAAUAUCAACUUAGAAUUUUUUUUGGAUUUGUGGAAAGAUGCAGACAACUCAGUUUUCGAUAUCAUUGAUACAAAUCCUUUGUAUUCCUCGGUUGAGGAUAAUCACUUGGAAUAUAAUAGGUCAGAAAGCAGUGACCACCCUUUGGAUUUGUAUGAACAGUUGGAGGACCAUUCCAUGAGGCAAAAGGAAGCAAUUUUGUCGGGUACGACUUUUUAUGAACUAGAAGAGCCUGAAUUAAUUAUCAAAAGUCAUGACCAUCUCCGUACUAUCCUCAAGGCUAUAUUUUCUACCCGCGAAGAAGAUUUUUCGAGCAACCAGGUAACCCGUUUGCUAUCUUCAUACAAAGAUGAAGAUAUACAGGAUGCUACAUCUGGGCUAAUUAAGGAUAAGGAAAUCUCCUAUUAUCAACAGGAUGACACAAGUACUCGUUUUGUGACCACGGACAAAUUUCAAAACACCUUUAUUCUGAAAAUAUUCAGUCCAAGAUUCUUUCAUCUGGCCAAUCACUUUCAAGAGGGCAUUAAUUCUUUAGCAGAAACUUCAAGAGGCAUGAUCGUAUCAGAAGGAAUUACUGGAGGUCUGAUGGCUUCUUUGCUCCAACUUAUCGCCUCUGGAUCUGUUGACAUAAUAAGGAUUGAUAAAUCGUAUACUUUCCGUGGUUACGAGUCUAGACUAAUUGAUAAGGAAAAUCUCUCGUGUGAUGUAAUAGUAGCCGGUAACAAAUUGAACCAUAAUCGAGCUAAGAAAGUUCCAGUUCCGACUGGAAAGGCUUGCUCACAUAUUUGGUUAGACUUGAAUGGCAACAUUAACAGUGAAAUAUGGGUCAAAGUUUUAAUUACAGUCCUAUACUUCAUAGCUUUUAGACCAGGAAUUCCUGGACAAAAUAUUCAUUACAAGUUACAGGCUGUCCUUGGUCAGGAUGAUUUUACAUCAGUUAUGACAUGGCUCAUCGAUAGUCAUUGCAUAGUUAAGGGUAAACAUGACGGCUAUUGGCUAAGACCCUGUUGGUAUUCAAUAUUAGGAUAA